AUGAUGGCACCUCACUCCAACACCGCCGUCCAGCCAUGGCCAUCUUCCAGUACCCGAGGCUACAGAGGUCGGCCAGCAAGACAUCUGCUUGUGACCUUGAUCGCACUCGCCUCUCUCUGUUCGACUCUGGCGAGCUCGCCAGUUGAGCCAUUAUCGAGUAAACUCGCUUUCAACCAUCGUAUCGAUGCAGACGCCGAUUCGCUCGCCAACUACCGCGCCGAGAUGGAAGGCUUCCAGCGCUGGAGUCGAGAAAGAGGUCGCAUGCCCAGGUCCGAUGACAAGUUGCGCGAGCUCGAAUGGGGCGACCUCAAUCUUCUCCAUUCAACCGAUAUACACGGCUGGUUUGCUGGCCAUCGCAAACUCUCGCCACCAGAGCCGUCGUAUUCUGGCGACUGGGGUGACUGGGCAUCUUUCGCGUCCAAGAUGAGGUCCAAGGCUCGCCAUGAGGGUCGAGAUCUCUUGCUCAUCGACACUGGUGAUCUGCACGAUGGCAACGGACUCUCGGACGGCUUUCCACCUUACAAUAAGGACGAACCUGGCGGCAAGGAAGCCGUCGACGGCCAUGUCAGCAACCAGAUUUUUGCUAUGGUCGACUACGAUUUGCUUACGAUCGGCAACCACGAGCUCUACAAUUACACAGUAGCAAAGGAUGUCUAUCAGAAUUUUGUGCCACAGUGGGGCGGAAGAUAUAUGACCAGCAACGUCAAGAUUGCGCUCCCCAGCCCUGAUGCUCCUUACGCAAGCUACGCGCCUAUCGGAUCGCUCUUCAACACGUUGGUGACGCCGGUGCAAGGGCUCAAGAUCAUGUCGUACGGCAUCCUGUUCGACUUUAAGCUUGCUGCCAAGGGAAUCGCCGUACAAUCGCCAGAGGACAUGGUGGAAGAAGACUGGUUCCAACAGAGCCUGGAUCGAGCUGAAAAGUGGGGCGUUGACGCCUUUGUCAUACUGGGCCACAUGCCCGUAUCGGGUGACCCUGGCUGGGAGGCUGUUCGCACCAGGAUUCGCUCACGCUUUCCCGAUACACCUAUCGCCAUCCUUGGAGGACACACGCAUGUUCGCGACUGCAGAAUGAUGGACAGUCAAACUAUGGCUCUCGAAAGCGGACGAUACAUGGAAACAAUUGGUUUUAUGGGCAUCAAGGACCUUCAGAAGCGCAAACGUGCAGGCAAUCGCGGCAAAGUCAAGUUUACACGGCGGUACAUUGAUUCGAACCCCAGAAAUUUUGCGCAUCACUUGAAGCUGGAGAGAACACAGGAGCUGGCAACCAAGAAGGGCAGCUUCAUUCGGUUCAUCAUGGAUGCCAUCUCCGAAGCGUGGAAUCUUUCGCGCUUGCACGGCGUAGUGCCUCAGGACUACUACCUGGACCGCGUUCCAUACGGCGACAAUUCGAGCUUGUUAAGUCUCUUGGCGGAUCAGGUGCUACCCAAGGUCGUGCGGCCGUCGGAAAGAGGUCGACAAGACAAGAAGAGUCUGGUGCUGAUCAACAGCGGCUCACAGCGGUUUGACGUCUACUCGGGCCCUUUUACACGUAAUGACCAAUACAUUGUCUCGCCGUUCAAGGAUCGCUUCCUGUACAUGGCCGAUGUCCCUUGGGGCACUGCCAAGCACCUGCUUGACGGAUUGCUCAGCUUCAAGAAAGGCGCCAUGGUUGAGGUGAUGCAGGGCGGAACUCAGUACUCGGACGGCGAUGCGGUGCUGCGAUACGGAAGUGGUUUUGUGGAGGACAUUUUCGUACGCUGGCAAAAGUCGCAAUGGUUCAAAUUUUUGCAAGCAGAGCACGCUGAUCGACAAAAAGCAGCUGCAGCUGCCGCUGCCGCUGCCGACGGCGGAUGGGUAAACGAUAUGAAUACCACCAUCAAGAGCGUAGAAGAGCUCGAGGCGGAAGAAGAUGAAGAGCUGCUCAAGUUCUUCCACAAGUACGACUCGCUCGAUAAGCCGUCUUUGGGGUAUCGCACCAUCGAUCAAUGUGCUGGACCGGGCGAUGAUACGGUCCAUUCGCCCGUACCGUUUAACCCGCACCAGCCAGAGUACGUUGCUUCGAACCCAGAUCCACUGCCAGAGUCUGACGAGGAGGUGGUCGACGUCGUGUUUGUCGACUUUAUGCGCAAACUCAUGGUGGAGCUCCUCAACCGGUACGAUGUGGAGCGCAAUGGAACGCGGUCAUACCAUGUGGAUCAGCUUGAGCGAUGGGGAGACAUUACCACGCAGCUUUUGUAUCCGCGAUUCGCCGAGCUCGAAUGGCAGCCUGGCGAAGGUGCAGUCAAGGCGAUCAACGCACAUGCGAGGAGGGCGGGCAAGAUGGGCUACGCACCUUUGGCUGACGAACCCGAUUACGAUCAUGAAGAGCAACAGCAGCAGUGGGACUCGGCGCACAAAGCAUCUCGAUCCCCAAUGACUCACGAUGAGACCUCCACCGGCUCACCAAAAGCAUCGUCUUAUUUCAAGAAAGAGGCGCAGUCGUCUCCACGUGCACAGUCAAACAAAUAG